AUGAAUUUGCUAGUUUGGUCAAUUAUUGUUAGUUUUUAUAAUAUGUUUUCUAUCAAAUUUCUACCAAAGUUUAUAAUAUGGUCCAUGAAUAUCAAUAAAGAACAUCAGAAAAUAGUGGGAGAAAUAUCUUUAUUAAAAAAAGAACAAUCCAAAAUUUCAAUUGUAAAAGAAUUUGCUAAACAUGCAAAAUUACAACGAAAAAUCAACAAGUUGAAUGAACAAUUAAAAAACCACGUAAUAGAAAAUUCAUCUAAAAAUUUAAAGAUCAAAUUCAUCAGUAAAGUGUCUUUAUAUGUUUUUUCCGCAAUUUUAAAUCUUCUAUUUGUUUAUUACAACUAUAAUAAAACCGUUUUAAUAGAACUUCCAACUAAUUGGUUUUUACCAUUAUCUUGGUUAGUUCAAUGGCCUACCUCACAAGUUGGUACAAUGAGUUUUGUCUUUUGGUAUAGUGUCACUAAUUGUGUUGCUAAGAUGACCAGUAAUAAUAUAUUAUGA